AUGCUCCUUUGGGUUCCCUUGACUCCGGCGCCUCUCCCUGGAGCCCCUCCGUCCGCAGCCUCCCUCCUGCAGCCCUGCGCCCCCCGGUGGAGUCCGGAGACCUCCCUGGGCCUCUGGAAACCCUCCCUGAGUCCCCAGGAGUCCCCACAGGAGCUGUUUUGUGCUGUUUGACCCCUUCCUACCUGGAAUGGAACAAAGCAUUGAACAGACAACGGAGGUCUUGUUGUGUCUGUCACCUGGAGAAGCUGCUGACCUGAAGGAAGGAAUCAAUUUCUUGAGAAAUAAGAAGACCGGCAAAGAUUUCAUUCUGUACAAGAAUAAGAAUCGCGUGAGGGCGUGCAAGAACGUGUGCAAGCAUCAAGGAGGCCUGUUCAUAAAAGACAUCGAGGAUUUAGACGGAAGGUCUGUCAGAUGCACAAAGCACAACUGGAGGUUGGAUGUGAGCACCAUGAAAUACGUCAAUCCCCCAGGCAGCUUCUGUCAAGACGAACUAGUUGUUGAAAUGGAUGAAGAAAAUGGACUUUUACUUCUAGAACUGAAUCCUCCCAAUCCCUGGGAUUCAGAACCCAGAUCUCCUGAACAUUUGGCUUUUGGAGAAGUGCAGAUCACGUACCUCACCCACGCCUGCAUGGACCUCAAGCUGGGAGACAAGAGGAUGGUGUUUGACCCCUGGUUAACGGGUCCUGCGUUCGCCCGAGGCUGGUGGCUGCUGCACGAGCCUCCGUCUGAUUGGCUGGAGAGGCUGUGCCAGGCAGACCUGAUUUACAUCAGUCACAUGCACUCAGACCACCUGAGUUACCCCACACUGAAGGAGCUGGCUGCGAGAAGACCGGAUAUUCCCAUUUAUGUUGGAAACACGGAAAGACCUGUAUUUUGGAAUCUGAAUCAGAGCGGUGUCCAGUUGACCAAUAUCAAUAUAGUGCCAUUCGGAAUAUGGCAGCAGGUAAACAAAAAUCUUCGAUUCAUGAUCUUGAUGGAUGGCGUUCAUCCUGAGAUGGACACUUGCAUUAUUGUGGAGUAUAAAGGUCAUAAGAUACUUAAUACAGUGGACUGCACCAGACCCAAUGGGGGAAGGUUGCCUGAGAAGGUUGCUCUAAUGAUGAGUGAUUUUGCUGGAGGAGCAUCAGGCUUUCCAAUGACUUUCAGUGGUGGAAAAUUUACCGAGGAAUGGAAAGCCCAAUUCAUUAAAGCAGAGAGGAAGAAGCUCUUGAACUACAAGGCCCGGCUGGUGAAGGACCUACAACCCCGAAUUUAUUGCCCCUUUGCUGGGUAUUUUGUGGAAUCUCACCCAUCAGACAAGUAUAUUAAGGAAACAAAUAUCAAAAAUGACCCAAAUGAACUCAACAAUCUUAUCAAGAAAAACUCUGAUGUGGUAACGUGGACCCCACGGCCUGGAGCCACUCUCGAUCUGAGUCGGAUGCUAAAGGACCCGACAGACAGCAAGGGCAUCAUAGAGCCUCCAGAGGGGACCAAGAUCUACAAGGAUUCCUGGGACUUUGAACCCUAUUUGAACAUCUUGAAUGCUGCUGUAGGAGAUGAGAUAUUUCUUCACUCAUCCUGGAUAAAAGAAUACUUCACUUGGGCGGGAUUUAAGGAUUACAACCUGGUGGUCAGGAUGAUUGAAACAGAUGAGGACUUCAGCCCUUUUCCUGGAGGAUAUGACUAUUUGGUUGACUUUCUAGACUUAUCCUUUCCAAAAGAAAGACCAAGCCGGGAACACCCGUAUGAGGAAAUUCGGAGCCGGGUUGACGUCGUCAGACAUGUGGUAAAGAACGGUCUUCUCUGGGACGACUUGUAUAUAGGAUUCCAAACCCGGCUGCAAAGGAGUCCUGACAUAUACCAUCACCUGUUUUGGAACCAUUUUCAGAUAAAACUCCCUCUCACGCCACCCAACUGGAGGUCCUUCCUGAUGCACUGUGGGUAGAGCAGACCUGAGCUUUCCAGAGAUGCCAAUCAACAUAGAAAAUUCAAGAAUUUACUGAUGCUACGUCUUGAACACAGGAAGCUUAUACCAAAGGGACUUAUGCCUUAUUGAAAUCAACAGUGGAUAAUUACAUGUUGCAUUUGUGAGACAUUCACAUAUGUUUGUGGAUCACUACAUAGCCAGAUAAUUUAGAUUUCACUUAUUCCAUACACAAUUCUCUGUAAAAGAGGUGAUGAACCCUACAGGAACAGAUUGUCUAUGGGAAACCAAUCAUAACAGGAAGAGAUGUGAAUCUGAGGGUUGAAGAAAUAGAACAGGAGGAGACAGAAUUCCCUCAAGGACAACGAGGAAACUGGAAGGGGGUGAGGUAACAAAAGUUGGGUUAGAAAAA